AGCAAAAGCUCUCCCUGUUACUUCAGGAGUUCGAUCCCCACCUGUUACGCUGGCACUCAGUUGUCUGCUUUAUAUAAAAACACUUCUGAAGAUUUCUGCUUAGGCUCUACUUCCAGGUUUAUCCAAAUCUGCGGACAAUUCUUUGAACCUUGUAACUUAAGAUAUGGUGGACGGACUUCCCUUCUGUCGAUGGAAUUCAUCUAAAGAGGACUUGAAGAGAUUUUGCCUGUAGGUCCUACUAUCCCUGGUCACUUCUGCCCUCAAUAUUGUGACCCAAUAAUCUGCCACUCAACAACUUUGAAGAGUUUGGACCAUCGCUUUCAGGUUUGGCAAUAAACAGUUCGAAGAGUUGGCUCAUUACUCAAGGGUCCUUGAGUGGCUCAGACUGCUAAGAAAGUUUGUUAUUAACAGCAGCUGCUUGCAAUUACUGCAGGUUCAAGUCCCACCAGGCCCAAGUUUGACUCAGCCUUCCAUCCUUUAUAAGGAGCUUUUAUUCCAAAGUAUUUUCAGAAGAUUACAAAAGCUUAAUGAUGAAUUCUAGCCUGGGAAAUCUGGAUGCUGCAGAGAAGUAUUAUGAAUAUAACAAUACCAGUGAUUCAUAUAAUAACACAGAAGAGAAUGGUCCUUUUGAUUUGGGAUGGAUUGCUUUGACGGGCAUUAUUUUAAUUACCUGUUGUAUUGGGAUUGUGGGCAAUGGCUACAUCAUCUGGCUACUUGGCUUCCAGAUUAAGAGAAACUGUUUCACCACAUUCAUCCUUAACUUGGCCGCUGCAGACUUUGGGUUCCUUACAUCUAUAUUUGUAUAUAAUAUCUACCCAGUCACCGAUUUUCAAGGAAUCAUUAUUUUCUACAUCUUCUGGGUCUAUUUCUCCCACAUGAUGUACAUCAAUGCAAACUUUCUUCUGACGGCCAUCAGCAUCGACCGGUGUGUGGCUGUCCUCUUCCCAAUCUGGCAUCGCUGUUCCCGGCCAAAACAUUUGUCCUCCAGUGUCUGUGUCCUCCUGUGGAUCUCCUCUUUCCUCCUGAGUGGAAUUAUGAGUGUUAUGAAAUUCUUUGUAAAUUUCAGUCUUUUCAAUUUCCAUUUUCUUGUGACUGCUAUAGUUUGCCUUCCAUUGAUCUCAAUCUCCACCGUGGUCCUUUUCAUCAAAGUGUGUCUUAAAUCUAAACAGAAAAAUCAGGGCCGGCUUUUACUGAUGAUUUUAAUUACUCUUCUCUGUUUCCUCAUCCUUGCUUUUCCAUUAUGUGUCCUUGCAGUGAUUAUUAGUUUUUCUAGUACCGAUACUUACAAUCAACUGGAAUAUUGGCGUCUGUGUGGAAUGUUGUUUUCCUGCCUAAGCAGCAGUAUUAACCCAGUGAUCUAUUUUCUACUUGGGAGAAAGAAAGGAGCUCAGUCCAAGGAGAGCAUGAAGGUCAUUUUGCAAAAGGUCUUCAAAGAAGGGGAAGCUGCUGGAGGGAGAAACAGAAGAGAAAAAUAAGCCACAGGCAAAAUCUUAAAUUAGCAGAUGUAAAAUUUAAACAACUGUAUGUGUCAACCCUGAAGCUGACCUGACUGAAGCCAUCUUGGAGCUUUCAGUGGAGCUGAAGAAGGGGGGAUUAGAGACAGCUGGGACUUUGUAGUCAAAACAAAAUACCCUCUCUUGGGAAGCAAGGACAUUCUCACACCUGGUCAGAGGAAGGAGGAGGGAUGUCACCAGGCAACCAGACAGAGCCGUGAUUGGACCAUGCGACUCAUUGUUUUGAAAAAGUGACAAACUUUUAUUUUUAAUUAGAUGGAAACUGCGGGAAUCGUCAGAGUUGAUUUUCAC